UCUGUCAGGUUUUGAUUGGCUUUCGAAAGAGGCAGUGUCCUAUAAAUUGCCAUCUCCAUUCUGCUUCUGCUCAGUCACCAGCUGAGGGAUAGCGUAGCUGAAGGAGGAAGAUGCCAGUUGUCAGGAACGUGAGCAAAGCUGUCAGCCAGCUGCUCCAGAGCUCUGGCUGUGGCUGUGGGGUUUCUCUCGUGCCCGUCCGAUGCAUUGGGGUCUCGCCUCGCCAAGUGGCCUCUGAUGCCAGUUUUCACUCCAUUUCUUUUGCUGAGUCCGAUCAUCCUCGGGUGCUCAUUACAGGUGGUCUUGGCCAACUUGGAGUGGGACUUGCUAAGCUUCUGAGGAAACGCUUUGGGAAGAACAAUGUGAUCUUGUCUGACAUUAGAAAGCCGGCGGACAGUGUCUUUUAUAGCGGCCCUUUUAUCUUCGCGGAUAUCUUGGACUACAAGAAUCUGCGUGAGAUUGUGGUGAAUAACCGGAUCACUUGGCUCUUCCACUACAGCGCUUUGCUCAGCGCUGUCGGGGAAGCAAACGUGCCUCUGGCCAGAGCUGUAAAUAUUACUGGUUUACACAACGUUCUGGAUAUUGCAGCUGAGCAUAAUUUGAGACUCUUUGUUCCAAGCACUAUUGGGGCCUUUGGACCUACCUCUCCUCGAGAUCCAACUCCUGAUAUCUGUAUUCAGAGACCAAGGACAAUCUACGGAGUCUCCAAGGUUCAUGCAGAGCUCAUGGGAGAAUACUACCACUACCGGUACGGCCUGGACUUCCGCUGCCUGCGGUACCCAGGAAUCAUAUCUGCUGACUCUCCUCCUGGGGGGGGAACAACUGAUUAUGCUGUCCAGAUUUUCCAUGAUGCCAUAAAGACUGGCAAAUUUCAGUGCUAUCUAAAGCCAGACACUCGUCUCCCUAUGAUGUACAUUGAUGAUUGUUUGAAAGCGACUCUGGAGGUCAUGGAGGCCCCUGCAGAGGCACUGAGCAUGAGGACAUACAACAUCAGUGCCAUGAGUUUCACUCCUGAAGAGCUGGCACAAGAGGUGCAGAAGCAUGUUCCUGAGCUCCAGGUGACCUACAACGUGGAUAAAGUCAGACAGGAAAUAGCUGACAACUGGCCAAUGACCUUUGAUGACAGGAAUGCCCGGAGGGAUUGGGGUUGGAAACAUGAUUAUGAUCUCCCCGAGUUGGUGACUACAAUGUUCAGCUUCCUUGGGUCUGACUCCAGGAUUGCUCAAGCUAACUGAAAUACUUUGUAAGAUGUUUCCAGAUUUCCACAGAGAGGACCAGCAAGAAAUGGCUAGAUUAGUUUAUCAUUUUCUUGAGUCUUAGAGCACGUCAAUUAUUAAUUUUCAUCAGUAGCACUAGAGUUGGGCAGAAACAUGCUGUAGCUGGAGUAUAUGCUAUUAGAUAAACAUCAUCUGGUACUGUCUCCAAGCACAGCACCCAGGACAGAAUUCUUGAACUUUCACACUUCAGCAGCUGGAAAAAACCCCAAAAAUACAACAAAAAAAAGCACUUACUCCUGGCUGCUGCCUCUCCCAUCAUUCCUGCUGCCUACCUCUUCUUUGGCAAACAACAUGGGACAGUACUGACAAACACAGUGUUUCAGGCAUCUCCCACCAGGUGACACAGAGUUUUCAUUUUCCUGGUGGAGGAUGUUGGGUCGUGUUAAGAUAUGAUCCUCUCUACUCUUUGCCUUACAAAAGAGGGAUCAGAAGAGCUACUUCACAUUUCCAAAUUGCAGAGGCUGUUGCAAUUCUAGUUUGGAGUCAAACUUUGGUCCAUAGUUCCUAUAUAUAUAUGUAUAUAUAGUGCUGUAUAAACAUACACUUUUUCUAAUACAUAGGGCAUACAAAGCAGCAUUACUCUUGUAAUCCUUAUUAAUGUGAAGAGUAACAGGAUUUGAAUUUUCAUUCUGCUCUAAAAACCCAGGGUUCACAUGCUAAGCUUUGUCCCGUUCUUUCAAAGUGCUGCUGCCUUCACUUUAACCUCAGAGGCAGAGCUGAAACCCAAAGAGCUGUUAUGUGGCUGUGAGUCUGGGGUGUAUUUCAAGAAGGUGAUGCCCAGGUAUGGGUUAAUUGUUAAUUGGCACUGCUUUUGGUUGUCUUGGUUGUUUGCCAGUACUACCAUGAUGACAUACCACCCGGAGAAAGUUGUAAAGGGGAGGCUGAUGAUGAAGCCUUGCGGUAGAGUCGUAUCACCCUUGGGAAUCUGUUCACUACAUUUUCCACCUGCACUGUAAGUGUAUUUGUAGAUGCUGUUUGUGUGGAACUGUCAAAUGCUUUCUGUUUUUAUUUUUCUUUAGAGAGGGACCCAGAAGCUGACAUUAUCACCUAGCUACAGUUAAGGGCUGCUCUGCUCAUUGAGUUUCGUGCAUGGGAGAUUCUGGGAUUAACAAGGCAGUGUUAGUAGAUGCAUACGAGGAAGAUAGGUCUGUUCAAAAGCUACUUAAGAGGCUUUGAGAAAUGACAAACUGGAGAGACAGCCAUUUUAGGUAAAAUAGCAGUUUCUAUGGCUGUGACUCUGAGCCAUCAGCUACUUUAGCUACAGCGUGUCUUAAGAAACAGCAUCUGGGAACUCUGGAUUUAUUUAUUUUUUUCCAAGAAAAAAAUGAUCUUUCAUCUUCAAAAUGACUGGCCAUUCCCUACAUGAAUCUUGAUAUCUUUUGGUUUGUUUUUUUUUUUCGUCCUACACAUUCCAACAACCUGUGUGGGCAAACACAUUCAAGGGGCUUUUUUAUUACUGUGUUUUCUGUGCUGACACUGUGGUCGUUGCCAGUCUCUUACACUCGCUGUAACCCUGUGGUGUUUCCUCAGUAAGUGGGCAACUGACAGGUCCAGAUUUCUGUCUCCCUGUCGAGGAUCCUGCAGGGAAUAUCUUUACUCAUGAAAGUAACCUCCAAAGGAAGAUUCUGCGGUGAAACCCAGGGAUUUUCAGUGUUUGUUAAACAUGUAUCUCUUGGUUUGGUGUCUCACCGUUUCAUCUGUUGGCAUUGCACAAGUUUCCCUGGUGUUGAGGCUCAAAAACCUCUGAGGUUGUGGCCUGUUGAAAUAUUACUUUUUAAAAAUAUUGUUUACAUUUUUGGAAAGACAAAUCUUUAAGCUUUGGCCACUGUUGUAACUAUCACAUUGCUCAAGUGUUAAUAUUUGGCCCAAUGGGUCAGCAACGUUGGCCCUCCAUUCUUAACCGAGAAGACUGCCUCAGGUUUUGUCCUCUGCCCUGCCCAAAUGGGAUCAUCUCCUAGUGCACUGUUCCACUGAGCCACCAGAUGAGGGACUUUAAUGUGAACUGAAAUGUCUUGUCCAUUUGAGUCUCUCCUAAUUCAGACCCUGGGGACUCCUCGUUGCCUCCAUUCCCUGAGACGGAAUCUCUGCACCCCAUUUCAUUCCUUCACUCAAUGUCAGGGGGUCUGCUCCCCUUAUCCUUGCUCAUAGCUUCAGUUAACACUAAGGGGAAUAAGGAACAAGAAUGUUCUUCUGCAACACUGUCCUUGGUUGUCACAUUACACAGAAGCUUUGGGUAUGGUGUUGCUGUGAAGGCCAAAUUCAAAUCUAUGGCACUUAGAAUUUCCUUUUUUUUCCCUGCCAAAAGUCACUGGCUUCAUUUAGAAGCAGCUUUUUCAGAAACUUCUGUUUUGCAAAAUCUGAAGUAAACAGUAUUGCAACUGAGAGUUGUGUGGAGGUAACAAGGAGGUGAUAACCAGGGCAUGGGGUUAGAGAUGUCUACAGAGUCUGAGUCCUGUCUGAAAUUCUUGUUUCCAACCUGUGACCAGUGUGUGCAUAUACCUAUAUUUUUUUUUCCAACCUCUCAUUUUCAUCUUUAGCUCCUGUUGUAACUUAAGUUAUGGUAUUUUCCGUAUUAAACCCAGUCUGAACUUUUGUAACCAGCCUGAAGUUUAACUUCUGGGCGGAGACUUCUCUCCUGCCAUUUGAGCAUUGUAGCUGUUACAUUACCUCUUCAGGAGAAAAAAAACCAACCAAAACUUUGUUAAUAAUAUUUUUUUCAAAUACUAAAAGUUGUGGAUGUUGCCUACUUUAAUAAAAGCC